AAUCAAUCACAAACACAAAGCCGCCUUCCUUACACAGUUUCUUCCUUACAGACACUGUGAGAAAGAAAGGCAGAAAAACGGAACUAAACCCAAACUUGGCUUUUUUUUCAGACAAACAGACAUAAAGGCGAUCACUUUAAAAAAAAGAGUGAAACUUCAUCCUUGGGAAUAUCAAGCUUCAGUUAGGGUUUCUCAAAAAACUUAGCUUCUUUUUUUCAGAAGAAAACGACGGCGUAGCUUCGCCGAAGUAACAAAAUGUUGGAAUACGAAUGGGGAAAUCCGACGGCUAUGAUUUUAACCGGCGAAGAAGCGGAUCAAGAACCCGACCCGACCCGUCAGAUUCUCGAACACUACGGUGCUAACACUGCGACCCAUCAUCAUCAUCAAGCUGGUUUCAAUGAAACCCUUUUUCCUCAUCAACAAAGUGCUGCUUUUGUUCCUUUCCAAGCUCAAACUCAACAUGGUUACUUACACUCCAUGUACGACCCACGCGCUUACACCGGCGCGUCUGCUUACACUACUCCCCACCCUUCGUCGUUGUUGUCUCUCGAUCCUGUUUCCGGUACCGGAGGGAAUGGAGGAGGGGGUUACUUUUUAGUUCCUAAGACUGAAGAAGUUUCUAGACCGGUUGAUUUCACGGCAAGGAUCGGUUUAAACUUGGGUGGCCGGACGUAUUUUUCUUCAGCUGAGGAUGAUUUCGUGAACCGGCUUUACCGGAGAUCGAGACCCGGUGAACCCGGUUCGACUAACUCCCCUAGAUGCCAAGCUGAAGGUUGUAAUGCUGAUCUUACGCACGCUAAACACUACCAUCGCCGUCAUAAAGUCUGUGAGUUCCAUUCAAAGGCCUCCACCGUCAUUGCCGCCGGUUUAACCCAACGGUUCUGCCAGCAAUGCAGCAGAUUCCAUCUUCUCUCGGAAUUCGACAACGGAAAACGUAGCUGCCGGAAAAGAUUAGCCGAUCACAAUCGUCGGCGGCGAAAAUCACAACAUCAACAACAACAACCCAGUAAUCAAGAAAACCAGUUGAAACACUCCACGCUUGAAAAUGGCCGCAAUUCUACCACUGAUAAUAACCAUCCAAGGUCACCACCGCGACCACCGCCGCCACAGUCGGAUUCUAGGGUUCAUUCUUCUUCGACAGUAACCGUCGCGGUUUCACCUCCACGAAUGUCAUUGGAUUAUUUCAGGCAAAGACCUUACAAUGCAACGGCGUCUUCAUCAUCAUCAUCAUCACCGAGCACCUUUUUUUUCUCAAGUGGGUGAUUACUAAUUCAGUACUAAAUAAUAAUAAGUGAGAUGCCAUUGCCAUUGAACUUACAUAUGAAGAUAUUAUUAGCUUUUGCAAUAACAAGUUGAAUUUUUUUUUUCUCAGUUGGGGUUUGAUUAUAUUAAUAUAAUCGGAUUUGGACUUAAUUGAACAUAUGAUACAUAUUAUGUAACUGAAAUUGCAAUUUCCAGUUAAUUCUCUCUGCAUGGUAUAUAUAA